UCGAACCAAUUUCACCCAAUUGGACAACAUGGCGUAUUCAGUGGACAACGGCAUGUUUGUCCGAAUCGCUGACCACCACAGCAUCCCAAUCAAGACAUAAUUAUGUAUUCAAUUUAGUCCCGAUUUUCCCACCCCACCAUAAAUAUGCCUGAGCUGUAAGAAAGGAAUUUAAGCGAGCCCGGAACCGACUCUUCGGAAAAGCUCAACGAUCCUACUCCCACAUGCAUAUUGCUAUCAGCAGCUCUGCCAAAUUAGCGAUUCCCCCGUUUUCUUUCAUUCAGAGAUAACAGAGGUCAACAGAGUUUCAUCCACUAGUUAAUCGAGAUAUGGGUCACCAAUUGAAAAUUUUAUGCCAGGUUGAAACCAGGAUACUCAUAUGGUUGAUCGGGAUGGUAUUUUCCAUUGUUCUAGUAACUCAGUACUUUGAACUCCCAUUUGGCAGUCUCAUAACAUCUAGAUUUUCUGCUGGCGAGACCCAAUUACAGGGAAUAGGAACCUUCUCAAUGAUAGAUUCAUCUACCAACCGCACUAUAUCAAGCAAUACGACAAUUUUUAAUGAUCUAAAUUCUACAGCUACAGAUACUUCCCUUAAUUUUGAUUACACAACCUUUGAAGGAGAGGACAGUGGACCCUCUAAUUUUGCACCAGAAAAAAAUGGAGGGUCACAUGAUUCUAUUGAAGUAGAUGCAGACAGGGAUCCAGAAGAUGAAUCUCCUUCAGCAGAUUUUGUGAAGGUCAAUGACAAUUCAACAGUGGACAUAUCCGUUGCAGACAAUGACUUAGCACCGGAGAAGGCUAGCGAAUCUGCAUACGGCUUCACUCCAAACAAUGCUGCUACUGAUAGUAAUUCGUCGUUAGGGAGUACUUUGGAAGAAAGUAAUUCUUUUACUGAAGAGGAAAAUGGAAGUAUAAGUGCCACUCCAGGCACCUUUUCACUUGCUUUACCCCCAAUUAUCUCGUUGCCCAACUUAAACUCUCCAAAUAAUGAGGAUAUUAAUUCACAUAGUCCCACGAGUUCUGUUCAUCCCAACACAUCUUCAGUGCACAAAGACUUAGGCAAUACAAUUCCUAAGGAUGAAAAGUCCGAGGAAUUACAUAGACAGACUGUUUUGCCAGAAAUUAGUUCUUCCAGGACUAAUGUUUCAGCUGUCAUGGAAGGCUCGGAGCCAGAAGCAGCUGUGGUGUCAAUAUAUGAGAUGAACGAUUUGUUGCUUCAUAGUCGUGCUUCAUCACUUUCACCGAAGCCACAAUGGUCUUCUGCAGUGGACCAAGACUUGCAAAAUGCAAAAGUACAGAUUGCAAAUGCACCCAUUGUAGACAAUGAUCCUGGGCUUUAUGCACCCCUCUAUCGGAAUGUUUCUAUGUUUAAAAGGAGCUACGAGUUAAUGGAGAAAAUGCUCAAGGUCUACAUCUACAAGGAGGGAGGGAGACCCAUUUUCCACCAACCAGUGCUCAAGGGAAUAUAUUCUUCCGAGGGUUGGUUCAUGAAACUCCUGGAAUCAAACAAAAACUUUGUUACUAAAGACCCAAGAAAGGCCCACCUGUUUUACUUACCUUUCAGUUCUAGAAUGCUGGAGGAGACCUUAUACGUACCUGAUUCUCACAGUCACAAGAACCUGGUACAGCAUCUCAAGAACUACCUUGAUAUGAUUGUCGCGAGAUACAGUUUCUGGAACAGAACUGCUGGAGCUGAUCAUUUUCUUGUUGCUUGCCAUGACUGGGCCCCAACUGAAACAAAGCAACACAUGGGUAACUGCCUGAGGGCUCUGUGCAAUUCAGAUAUCAAAGAAGGCUUCAGAUUUGGCAAGGACGUGUCUCUUCCAGAAACAGCCGUGAACUCACCUAAAAACCCCCUAAGACAACUCGGCGGCAAACCUCCAUCCCAACGACGCAUCUUAGCUUUCUUCGCCGGGAAUAUGCACGGUUAUCUCCGUCCUAUUUUACUACAGCACUGGCAAAACAAAGAUCCAGAGAUGAAAAUCUUUGGUCCAAUGCGCAAGAAGGUAAAGGGUAUGAACUAUGUCCAGCACAUGAAGAGGAGCAAGUACUGCAUUUGUCCAAAAGGGUAUGAAGUCAACAGUCCAAGGGUGGUGGAAGCAAUAUUCUAUGAGUGUGUUCCGGUCAUCAUAUCCGACAAUUUUGUGCCCCCAUUUUUCGAUAUUUUGAACUGGGAGUCGUUUGCUGUUUUUGUCCCUGAGAAGGAUAUUCCGAACUUGAAGAGUAAACUCCUCUCAAUCCCAGAGGAGAAAUAUUUGGAGAUGCAGAAUGGGGUUAAGAAGGUACAACAGCAUUUUCUUUGGCAUGCUAGGCCCCUGAAGUACGAUAUUUUCCAUAUGAUUCUCCACUCAAUAUGGUAUAACCGAGUUUUUCGAGUAAGACCCUGAUGGAAAAUUUGUUGAUUGUGAAAAUAGUUGGCAGCUACAUGAUUGGUUUUUUCAUUUUUGUUUUCGAGUUAGGCUAGGUACAACACAGGAAAUCUAGUAAGAAGCAGAAGUUCAUUGUCAUAUUGCCCCCCCCCUUCCCCCUCCUGAGUUCGUUGUAGUGUUUGGAAGUGUCAUUAUUUGAUGUACGUAGAUUUACAGAAAAAAGAAAGAAAAUAAAAAUUCUUUAGAGUA